AAGUCAGAGUUUUUAGUUUCAUUUCUUCUGCGGUCUGCGAGGCGUUCAGCUCAGCUGCAACCUAUCUGCACAACAAAGAUCUACAUUGAGCUCCCAGCAAAUACAGGAGGUGCACCUGAAGUGUCAGCUGCAGGAUCUGCUAGGGCCCAGCGCCUCCUGUUGAUAAAAGAGCUGUGCUUCCAUGUACUUAAACUUGAAUUCACCCUAAAAGUUGAACUAAGCAGCUCAGAUGUCCACUCUGAACUCACUGCUCUCCAGGAACCAGCAGAGAACGAUCAGCUCUCAGCUGGGAACUGUCAAACUGAAGCUACUCUACAAAGCCACCGUCCACGGCUUUACUGGUGCUGCCUUCCACCAGCGAUGUGACAACCAGUCACCCACUGUGUCUGUGGGCUACAAUACCUCUGGUUAUGUGUUUGGAGGCUACACCAGGCAACCUUUUAGUCAGUCUGGACAGUAUGUGAAUGAUGACCAGGCUUUUCUUUUUAGGCUUACUGGUGGAAAACUACAAAAAUAUCCAGUUACUAAUCCUCCAUAUGCACUCCUAAUGGAUGGCAGCACUGGUCCUUAUUUUGGAAAUGCACUGAUUUUUGUCAAUGGAAAUAGCCCAGUAAUUUGCAGCAAUCCAGGAAACUAUUAUAACUUCAAUGCUGCAGAAAUGCACGGAAAUGACCUGAACCUGACUGAAUGUGAAGUUUACCAAGUGGAAGAAACUACUGAACUUGAGAAGCCAUGGAGGACAGUCAUCUGGGAAUCCGGGAAGAGAAAUGAGCUGAUGGAGAGCAUCAAAACCUACAAGCCCACAGUCAGUUCUGUGUCCCAAGCUCGGGUUUUACUCAUUGGACAAGUUGGAGCUGGAAAGUCCAGCUUCUUCAACUCCAUCAACUCUGUAUUCAGAGGCCAUGUCACCAGCCAGGCCAUCUCUGGUUCUUCUUCCACCAGCCUCACCACUCAGUUUCGAACCUACUCUCUGAAAGCUGGACGAGAAGGCAAACCUCUGCCAAUCAUCCUGUGUGACACCAUGGGACUGGAGGACAGCAAAGAGGCGGGGAUUGAUGUUGAUGACAUCAGCAGCAUCCUUAAAGGUCAUAUGCCGGAUUGCUACCAGUUCAACCCCGCUGCUCCUCUGCAUGCUGAAUCUCACGGCUAUAACAAGUCUCCAGAUUUAAAAGACAAGAUCCACUGUGUGGCCUAUGUUAUUGAUGCCUGCAAGGUCUCCAUUAUGCCCGCAAAGCUGGAGGAGAAGUUGGAAGCCAUCCGCAGAAAGGUUAACCUGUUGGGGAUUCCUCAGCUGGUGCUGCUCACUAAAGUAGAUUAAGCUUGUCCUUUGGUGAAGGACGAUCUGAGAAACAUCUACAAGAGUGGAUACAUCAAGGACCUAAUGCAGGAGGUCAGUACCAGGGUGGGCGUGCCGCUGUCAUGCAUUGUUCCAGUGAAGAACUACAGUGAGGAGUUAGAGCUGGACUUCAGCUACGACAUCCUGCUGCUCAGCGCCGUCAUCCAGAUGCUUCGCUUUGUCGAUAACUACUUCGAUGACAUCAGUGACCGACUGAGCAGCAACGGAGAUCGGGAGUCGGGCAACAGAGUCCCUGAGAGGGGCAUUUCCCAGCAGCCCGGCAGGGAUGCCAAGAAGGCCGGGUACCCCUAAUCCCUGCUUGGUCGGAAGACCCAAACAACACCUUUCCUUAUUUAGUUUGGGUUUCAGCAGUAACAGCCUGUUCAACGUCAUGCCACAGAAUCAGACUCAGAUUUAAGCCAGAACUUUGACUAGGCCAUUUCAAAACCUUCAUUUGUAAUAUUUAAGCCAUUUAGCAAUAGGCUUGCCUGUGUGCUUUGGAUCAUUAUCCUGAUGCAUAACCCGGGUGUGCCUGAGCUUGACGUCAGAAACUGAUGGUCAGACCUUCUCCUUUAGGAUCAUCUGGUAGAGAGAAGAUUUCCUGGUUCCAUCAAUAAUUUUAAGUCAUCCAGGUUCUGAGGAAGCAAAGCUGUUCCAGACCAUCUCUCUACCAGUACCGUUUGAGUACAAUUUAUGUUCCUUUUUUUCCACUCAGGUCUCAUAAGUCCAUAGAAAAAAUUACCAAAAAUUAUUGAAAUGUUUUCUGGGAGAAAUGGGUUAUUGUGUGUUUUUUGAUCAGCAGUGGUUUUAACUUAAAACUCCCUUAUAGAAGCCAUUUUGGCCCAGUCUCUUAAUUAGUGUUUAAUCAAGAACACUGACUUUCAAAAAUAAAGAAAGGAAAUCUGAAAGGGGUCAAAUGCAUUUCACAGCAAUGAGUCUUGAAGGGUUAAAUAUCUACAUCAGUCUUUGCUGUCAUGGCUCAUGAUAAAUGUAUUAUCACCGAUGAUAAUAUUUGAUUUUUUUGGAUUCCUAUGCUAAAAAAUGAGGGCUUUUAUGUUUUCCUUUGUAUAUUUUUUUCUCUUAAGCUCCUCUUGUUUCUUGCUUUAAAAGCUUAGUUAUUGCUCAAUUGUUGUGGUUUAAAGUUAAAAUUACUUAGAUAUACUUUUUUGAGUUCAGUGUCCAUAGGUAAAAAUAAUAAAAGCUAAUUAAAAUGUAAAAUGGAAUUAGUCAUCUGUAACCUUGGUUGUUUUUAAAGGGGUAAUAAAUUAAUGAUUAAUUUGCCACAUCA